AAGAUCAAGGCAUAGAAAGAAAAAGCAGUGAGCAGUGAAAUUAAAGUGAUCGUUGAGCAUCUAAAACAGAAAAGGAGAAUUUCUAGAAAAUGGCACCACCAAUAACAGUAAAUCUGAGGAUUGUUAUGUUGGGAAUGACUGGAGCUGGAAAGAGCGCAACAGGAAACACCAUCCUGGGAAAAGAUGAGUUUGAAGAGGAUUUCAGUCCAGAGUCCGUUACUCAACAAUCUGAGAAAAAAAUGAUGGUGAAAGGUAACAGGAGCAUCUCGAUAAUCGACACUCCAGGCCUCCAGGAUACAGCAGCAGAAAAAGAGGAAGUGAAGGCAGAAAUUAAUAAGUGCAUGAGGAUGUCUGCUCCUGGUCCUCAUGUGUUCCUGCUGGUCAUCAGACUGGACGACAGAUUGACAGCGCAAGUGAUGAACACGGUGACCUGGAUUCAGGAGAACUUUGGAGAAGAAUCUGCUCGUCACACCAUCAUUCUGUUCACUCACGCUGAUGGACUGCGGAGUAAACCACUGCAGAAACACAUAGAAGACAGUACAGAUCUACGACAGUUUGUCAUGACCUGUGGUGGCAGAUAUCAUGCGUUCAACAAUAAGGACAGGGAGAAUCAGGAUCAAGUAAAAGAGCUGCUGGAUAAGAUGGAUGAAUUGGUGAUUAAAAACGAAGGGAGGCAUUACACUAAUGCAAUGUUUAACGAGGCACAGAAAAAGCCUAACUGGGGGAAAACUGCACUUAUUGUAGGAGCAGUUUGUGUAGGAGUAGUAGUAGUAGUAGUGGGAGUGAGAAAAAUCAAAAAGUAA